CUGGUACGUCAAAACAAACAAACAAACAAACAACAACAACAAACCAAGGCUAUUUAACUUGGUCUCGGUUUAAGUGUAAGGGAAACCUUUGAGCUAGGUGAAGGCACCCGCAAGAAUGCCUUGGGUUGUAGGAACAUAAGGGCACUUUUUGCGGCUUUUGUUUGCGGGACAGGAGAACUUUUUGGAGAUGUCCAGAAAGACUACAACCCUGCCCUCCUUUAAGGACAGGCAUGAUGAACCCUUCGUCUCUUCCCUGGAGGUGGUUUUGCGGGGCUGGACUCCGCCCUGAGCCCUGGAUUCCACCUUGCUUUCAGGAGAAAUGGGGGCAUCAGCACUUGACCGUGGUCAGUAUAGUUGCCUGGGAGCACUGAGUGUUGGGAAGCGGAGUGAUGGCGUCGGUGUUCUGGUGGCUGGCCCACCCAGGCUCGUCUGGAAAUCCCAUGGUCUUGUGUAGAUUAUGUAGACAGAAGGCGGUGGAGGCCUUAACGCUUUGGCUGCUUCCAACGGUGCCCUGCCUCCUGGAACUGACCUGGGUACUCCCAGGUCAAGGGUCAAGGGUCACCGCUCUUGGAAAGGAGGAAGGGAGUGGAGUGGAAUGCUGGCCCUGUGGCUGAACUGGGCUCUCGGCAUUCCUGGGAGUUUUACUAGUGGCCGGUCCCAGCCACAGAGACGAGAAGGGAGAGGUUGGCUUUCCAGCCUCAGGAACUGCCUGGCCCCACAGGUUGUUAGGGAAAUAUGGCCAACUUCGGUGAUCCUGGACUUGCAGGAAGAAGGGUUUCUGGGGAGCCUGCCUCAGGCCUGGAGUACCCCGUGAUUCCGUAGUGAAUGUUGAUGCAGAGAGACCGUGUCUCCUGCCUGGAACCCCCAAGCUGAGCAUGCUCAGGAUUGGCUCUUACUAAAGCCAAGGCCCCUGGGUGGGAUGGGGGAUUCACCUUUCCCUUAGGGCAGCUUCAGCCGGCACCUUGGGGGUCACGGCUCACUUUGGACAGUGCCCCCUGUCCUGGACUUGUCUGUCUUGCCCACUCCUCCCUCCCUUUUGCCCCUGGGGAGCACUUUGGUUACUGGCUCUGUAAUUCAACCUGUUGACUCCGGUUUCCUCAGCUGACAAAAGUGGAACCCCCCUUCCUCUUCCUUUCCCUACCUCCCCUCUCUCCCUUUCUCCACCCCUUCCUGCCCUCUUCCCUUUCUGUCUACUCCACUCCCUGCUCGCUCCGUCCUCCCCCCCAUCUCCCCUUAGACGGGACUCCUUCCCAGCCUUCCUCCCCACUUACCCUGAAAUCUGCCAUCUGGGUCUCUCUCUAGAGCUUGAGCCCCCCCCCCCCCCCACAGUGAUGUAAGAAACGCAGAUACUGUCUCCUCUGCUGUGAAGGUUGUGGGUUGAGGGGGCCUUCUGUCUCGGAAGACAAUGUUCUGGGGGCGUGAGGUAAGACACCGCCCUGAGGGAGGUAUUGGAGCCACAGCUGAGAGUCAGAGAUACAGUCCUGUCCUUAGAGCAGUGUAACGUGAUGGCUGUCUGUCUUCCUGUUGUCCCUUGUCCGUUUGAGGCUUGACAUCAGAGUGCUGCCACCGUGGCCACCUAUAUUCCAGGGGUGUCAGGCAACACCGCGUUCUCAGGGGGGUUACAGGUGAGCCUGACAUUCAGAGCCGAGGUGCCUGCUUUUCUGAAGCUUCAGACAUCACAGACAGUGGUGAUGUCUUCUCUUCUGAGGCUCUCACCUCAGAACUUUCAUGUUGGAGGACCUGCUGUGGCCCUGGAAGAUGCAAGAGGCAGAGUCAGGGAUGGGUGGUCCUUCCAGGCUGGCCCUAACUUCUGGGAGACACUCUCGCUUAGAGCUGUGUCGUGAGGAAGGCUCACCCUUCUGACUCAGGCGAGAUGUGUCCAGGGUGAUACAGUUCAGCCUUGUGUGGCACCUCCGAAGCAUUGGGGUCUCACAGGAGCAGUCCACGCCUGUCCUCUGGGCACUAAAGGGUGUGUGUGGAGGAUGCCAUCCAGCUGGGUUCAGGAAGAGAUCCAAGAGAGGGAUUGCAGACCUGAUUUCCAGAGUUCCCAUUUCCGAGGCUGGCCAGUGCCAUGGGCAGUGUGGGCACUGUGUCAGGGUGACCCCAGGUGACAGGCGCCUGGGGAUGGGGACUUGGAUGUUGGAGGCUCUCCGUGCCUCAGUUUCUACAGGGUGUGGUGGGUAGAAGCAGGGUCAGUUCCUAUGUGGGGCCUGUGAAGGUGGCUGGCUGGUCUUGGUAGAAAAGGGGGGCAUCUGGGGACAUCUCUCCCUGGCCCUACAGAGUGGGUGAGAUCCAUGGGCCAGGCAGGUCCCUGAAGGCCCUGGAUGGCAUGUGGGGGGCUGGGUAGGUGCUGGAUCCUUGUCGUCAGUGGACAAAGACUUUGUUUAUAAACAGUUGUGUGACCCAGUUUAGAUAACCCAGCGGGGAAGCCAGGGAUCAACAGCAACCCUGGCUGGCAUUUCUGCUUCAGAGCCGGUUCUUUCUCCGCGGAUGUGAGGCAUGAGUUUUGCUUUUUACUGUGACUCCAGUGAGGGUGUGGUUCCUGCUUAGUUCCCAUGGAAACCUGUUGCUGCUGCCCUUCCUUAUAAGGAAUAUAGGGGAGCCACCUCCCCCCUUCUCAUUUUCCUCCUCCAGGGCAUGUCUCUGAACCAUCUCCUGCUACAGAGAUCUGAAUCCCAUUUGGGAAUGAGAAGAUUUAUCUUUUACGGCAAGGGCAUUCUGAGAUUUGAGGUUGCCAAAAAGCAUUCCUUUCAGAAUUUUCACAGCUACACCGGACGGAGGUGGGUCGGGUCCUGCCAAGACGUCCAAGAGCUGCUUUAAUUAACUAAUUAGUUAUCCUCCUCUCCCUUUUUUCUGGAAAACACACCCUGGUUGUCAUCGUCAAGGCUUUGGGGAAAGGCUUGACUAUGGUGUUUUACCUAAAUGACGCGAAAUGGACCUGGGGUUUCGUUUUGUGCCCCAUAGGUGCCGUUGCUUGGCCCCCAGGCCUCCACUAGGGGGCACCAUUGAUCACUUAAACUUUGUCCUUCAUCCACUCAUGGUGGCUGGUUUUGUUUGUUUAAGAUGUUAUUUUAUUUGCAUUAGUAUUUUGCCUGUAUGUAUGUCUAUGUGAAGGUGUCACAUCUUAGAGUUACAGACAGCUGUGAGCUGCCAUGUGGGUGCUGGGAAUUGAACCCAGGUUGUUCAGAAGAGCAGUCAGCUGAGCCAUCUCUCCAGCCCAUGCGGGUCAUUUUAAAAACUGGUCAUUGGUUCUGUUUCGUGUUGGGGGCGGGGCUGUCAUACCGUCUUUGGGGAAGAUUUUUAUUUUUCUAGUCAGCAACUUGUCCAACCAAAAGCAGCGUUUGGUCGACUUCAGAUGAGAUCUGGUGACAGAUACCUCUGUCCUCUUUGUCCCAGGGACAUCCUGAUCACCAGCGUGGAUGCCAUGACAACGUUCAAGGACCUCUGUGAGGAAGUGCGAGACAUGUGCGGCCUGCACCAGCAGCACCCGCUCACCCUCAAGUGGGUGGACAGCGAAGGCGACCCUUGUACCGUGUCCUCGCAGAUGGAGCUGGAGGAGGCCUUCCGCCUGGUGUGCCAGGGCCGGGAUGAAGUGCUUAUCAUCCAUGUUUUCCCAAGCAUCCCGGAACAGCCAGGCAUGCCUUGUCCUGGGGAAGACAAAUCCAUCUACCGCCGCGGGGCCAGAAGAUGGAGGAAGCUAUACCGCGCCAACGGCCACCUCUUCCAAGCCAAGCGCUUUAACCGGAGAGCUUACUGUGGCCAGUGCAGCCAAAGGAUAUGGGGUCUCGCGAGGCAGGGCUACAGGUGCAUCAACUGCAAGCUGCUGGUCCAUAAACGCUGCCACGUCCUCGUCCCGCUGACCUGCAGGAGGCAUAUGGAUUCUGUCAUGCCUUCCCAAGAGCCUCCAGUAGAUGACAAGAACGAUGGUGUAGACCUUCCUUCAGAGGAAACCGAUGGAAUUGCUUAUAUUUCUUCAUCUCGGAAACAUGACAAUAUCAAAGACGAUUCUGAGGACCUUAAGCCUGUCAUCGACGGGGUAGAUGGGAUCAAAAUCUCUCAGGGGCUGGGGCUGCAGGACUUCGACCUCAUCAGAGUUAUCGGGCGUGGGAGCUAUGCCAAGGUCCUCCUGGUGCGGCUGAAGAAGAACGACCAGAUCUAUGCUAUGAAGGUGGUGAAGAAGGAACUAGUCCAUGAUGACGAGGAUAUUGACUGGGUGCAGACCGAGAAGCACGUGUUUGAGCAGGCAUCCAGCAACCCCUUCCUGGUUGGCUUACACUCCUGUUUCCAGACAACAAGCCGGUUGUUCCUGGUCAUAGAAUACGUCAACGGCGGGGACCUCAUGUUCCACAUGCAGAGGCAGAGGAAGCUACCAGAGGAGCACGCCAGGUUCUAUGCUGCUGAGAUCUGUAUUGCUCUCAACUUCCUACAUGAGAGAGGGAUCAUCUACCGGGACCUGAAACUGGACAACGUCCUCCUUGAUGCUGACGGACACAUUAAGCUGACGGACUACGGCAUGUGCAAGGAGGGCCUAGGCCCCGGCGACACAACAAGCACCUUCUGUGGAACCCCGAACUAUAUUGCCCCCGAAAUCCUGCGAGGAGAAGAAUACGGGUUCAGCGUGGACUGGUGGGCGCUGGGCGUCCUCAUGUUUGAGAUGAUGGCUGGACGCUCCCCCUUCGAUAUCAUCACGGACAACCCAGACAUGAACACUGAAGAUUACCUUUUCCAAGUGAUCCUGGAAAAGCCAAUCCGGAUCCCCCGCUUCCUGUCUGUCAAGGCCUCACACGUCCUGAAAGGGUUUUUAAAUAAGGAUCCCAAAGAGAGGCUUGGCUGCCGGCCGCAGACUGGAUUUUCUGACAUCAAGUCCCAUGCCUUCUUCCGCAGCAUAGACUGGGACCUGGUCUGGUGCUGUGAAGGAGGAGACAGAUGUGGACAGCAAGGAGAAUCGGAACUGGGCCCUGCUGUGAGCCCCCGUGAUAGCGCUGGAGAGGCCCCUAAUCCCAGCCCUCCUCCCCUCGCCCACCCAGUCCUCCCCUCGCCGACCCACUCCUGUCAGCGCCAUCAGGGCGGCCAUGGUGGUAACUGCUGCGUCCACAUUCCUGGACCUGAGGCCACCUCUGCCAUUCUCUUAAGAUUUGCACAAAGCCAGCUGGCAUGGGUCUCCUUCAGGGAUUAAAGGCUAUGUGGCCAGAGGGAAGCCAGGCUUGUCCCUGGUGUCCUCCCCUCUCCCCCCUUUUUUUGACCCUUGUGGGCUUGGGUUUUGAGAGACAGGAGACACCCAAACUCCUGUAACUUGAGACUCUGGGACGCCAGAGCUGAGGAGAUCCAGGCUCUGGAAUGGCUUAUUUAUGCGGUAAGGUCCCUGUGAGUAGCCUGGUAGACUGGCAGGAGCCAGCCCACUACACCUGCCUCCUCCCUGAACUAACACUGUUCCUAUGGCACAGCCUGUUCUAAGGUCCCCCAGGACCAUCCUCCAUCCUGAGUGCCAUGGGGCAGAGGGCAUCAUGACAGGCUCAAAUCGUCAUAACACUGGCUGUCCUCACAGACUGGGGGAGGGAAGGUUCCACCUGAAUCCAAGGUUUCUGCUUCAGACAAGUCCAGGGGGGUGGUCUUGAUGAAUGUUAGUGGGUAGAGAUACAAAUGAGACCCUCAGCUGGACAGUGGUGGCGCACGCCUUUAAUCCCAGCACUUGGGAAGCAAAAGCAGGCGGAUCUCUGUGAGUUUGAGGCCAGCCGGGUCUAUAAGAGCUAGUUCCAGGACGGCUAGGGCUGUUACACAGAAAAACCCUGUCUCAGAGAGAGAGAGAGAGAGAGAGAGAGACAGACAGACAGACAGACAGACCCUCUUCUGGGGACAGAGAUACAUCUGCCUACCCCAGUGGCUGGCUGAUCUGAGAACUACCGUCUGCAUGGCAAACCAUCCCUGAUAGUGACCUUGCGCUACCAGAGCCUUUAAGCCUCACAGCAGCGGCCACCCACCCUAGAGUUUGGUGUUCAGGGUCCUCCCUGGACCUUAGCCGUGGGCUCGUCUCCCAUCCCCCUCCACUGCUCUGGAGAGAGAGACAGUCAGAAGGGAGUCACCUGCCAGCCAUCUAUCUCUAGGGGUACAGGGAUGACCUGUGGGGCCAGUCCUCCUGCCCCCCUCUGGGAUGUAAGGAUAGGAGCAUAUGCUCCACUGAGCACACAGAGUCCCUCACGGGCCAUCCGGCACACCCUCCGCCGCCAAGUCUCCACCAGAAGGUUUAGAUGGUAGGCAUGAAGACCAUGGGAAAGUUGUUGGACACAGUCCCAGGCAGGGCUGUGACUGGUCAGUAGAUUGGUUCUGAGAGAAAUGAGUCUAUACAGCAAAGUCUUGACUCCCUUUGGAAACUUGGCUCGGCUACUUACCACAAGGGUCUAUCCACAGACCCUCCGUGUCUGGUGCUCCGUCAGACAUGGUUCAACAGCAUGUCGGAUCUUUCCAACGGCUGCAAAUCCCUGACCCACCAUGAACCGGACAGAGUUGAAGCAGCCAUCUGGGCAUUGCUACCCCCUGCCAUCAAACCUACUGUGUUCCGGGUUACUGGCAGGUGCCAUGGCAAGUCCACCCUGAGGAGUGAGUCAGAGUGUGGCUAAAACAAGCUUUCUUGACAUCAGCGAGACCUGACCAGUGAGAGCUGACAGGAAGUUGAUGGCCUCCACUCCUUCCCCCUGUCAGGCAAAUUAAAUGGGCCCGGACCAGUCCGCGGGUAAGGGUACUUCCCACUAAGCUGACAGCCUGGGUUAGACUUCCAGGAUGAAAUGGGAACGCUGUCUCCUGAAAGUCGUCCUCUGGCUCGUGCAUGCCCACUCACUCACACACAGUUAAAUAAAUGUAAUAUUUUAAAGUUUAAAUAAUAGGUCCAAGGCUUCUAGGAGAGAGACUCCAGAGAGGGAAGCAAGUAGGAGGACAGUCUGUCACAAAACCCUCUGGUUUCCCAGGCAACCUGCCAAAGAAAAAGGAAAGGACCGAGUCCUUGGUUGUGGCAUGUGCCUGUGGCCAGGAGAGAAAAGAAAGGAAGAUCUAGGGGGAUAGGAUAAAGGGCCACCCAUUGAAGGCCCAGGCACGGGGCUCCAGGGACAAACAGGCAGUUGUGGGAACCAUGGCCAGGUGGGGGCAUCAGAAAUGGGGUCACAGCUGCUGUGGGCCUCCCUGCCCUUAAGACUGAAUAGGACCAGCUCCCCUCACUGCCCAGCCUUCCUGGCCUUUGGGGGCAUUUCUUUGCUUGGACACUAAAAGUCAGCAUGGCCUGUGCAUCCACGUACUCUCUGCUGAUCUCCCUGCCCACAGCAGUGCUGGGAACUGACUCCCGUUGUGCCUCACUAGAGGUAGAGAGUCGCCCUUUGAACACAAGGACAAACCUCACAGGCUACGCAGUCCCGGGUCUUCUCUUGUCCUAGCAGGCUGGGACCCUCGCUUGCUCUUAGUCUCUUAUUCAGCCAUGAAUCCAGCCGCUCUCCACACCUCCAUCCAUUUUUCUUGCUUACUCUCUGACUCACCCACCCAUGCAUGCUGUGCACCAUUGUUGGGUGAGGUUUGUUUCUAAGAAUACAGAGAAGCAGCUAUAACCAAUACACUGGUCCCACCCCAGAGCCAGCAUCAGAUAGACUAGAGGAGUGUUAGACAUCAGCUCCCGUGCCAGCCACAUGUGAGGUCAAGUGCAGACGCAUGCAGUCUCUUCAAGGCCUGCAGCCCUAGCUCAGGCAGGGCAGUGAAGCUCAUAGGACAGAUACAUACAUUGUUCUGGGACCAACUGUCACCCACCUUCCCCUGGAAGAGCCGAAUGAAUGCUCAGAAAUACCCUACCUGUGUUGCCCCUGUGUGAUCCAAGGACCCGGCUUGAUAAAGAAGAACAGCUAUAUAUUUUAGUUGUUUGGUUUUUGUUUUUCAAGAUCAGGUUUCUCUAUGUAGCCCUGGCUGACCUGGAACU